UAGAGCAAAGUCUGAAAUGGAUGUUACAUGAAUCAUUUUCAGGGAUGCACACAACUGUGAACCUUUCUGAAGCAUUUUUCUCAGCAAAGUAGAUAAACAUGGAUGAAUCUGCCUUGUUGGAUCUUUUGGAGUGUCCUGUAUGCCUUGAGCGCCUGGAUGCUUCCGCCAAGGUCUUGCCUUGCCAGCACACGUUUUGCAAACGAUGUUUGCUGGGGAUUGUAGGGUCCCGAAAUGAACUCCGAUGUCCCGAGUGCAGGACUCUCGUUGGCUCGGGUGUGGAGGAGCUUCCCAGUAACAUCCUGCUGGUCAGACUUCUGGAUGGCAUCAAGCAGAGGCCUUGGAAACCUGGCCCUGGUGGGGGCAGUGGGACUAACUGCACAAAUGCUUUGAGAGUUCAGAGCAGCACUGUGGCUAACUGUGGCUCGAAAGAUCUGCAGAGCUCCCAGGGUGGACAGCAGCCUCGUGUGCAAGCCUGGAGCCCCCCGGUGAGGGGCAUACCUCAGCUACCAUGUGCCAAAGCAUUAUACAACUACGAAGGAAAAGAGCCUGGAGACCUUAAAUUCAGCAAGGGCGACAUCAUCAUUUUGCGAAGACAAGUAGAUGAAAACUGGUACCACGGGGAAGUGAAUGGGAUCCAUGGCUUCUUCCCCACCAACUUCGUGCAGAUUAUUAAACCGUUACCUCAGCCCCCACCUCAGUGCAAAGCACUUUAUGACUUUGAAGUGAAAGACAAGGAAGCAGACAAAGAUUGCCUUCCAUUUGCAAAGGACGAUGUUCUGACUGUGAUCCGUAGAGUGGAUGAAAACUGGGCUGAAGGAAUGCUGGCAGACAAAAUAGGAAUAUUUCCAAUUUCAUAUGUUGAGUUCAACUCUGCUGCUAAGCAGCUGAUAGAAUGGGAUAAGCCUCCUGCGCCAGGAGUUGAUGCUGGAGAAUGUACCUCGGCAGGAGCCCAGAGCAGCGCUGCCCCAAAGCACUCCGACAUCAAGAAGAACACCAAAAAGCGGCACUCCUUCACUUCCCUCACCAUGGCCAACAAGUCCUCCCAAGCAUCCCAGAACCGCCACUCCAUGGAGAUCAGCCCUCCAGUGCUCAUCAGCUCCAGCAACCCCACCGCGGCCGCUCGGAUCAGCGAGCUCUCUGGGCUCUCCUGCAGUGCCCCUUCUCAGGUUCAUAUAAGUACCACCGGGUUAAUUGUAACACCACCCCCCAGCAGCCCUGUGACAACCGGACCUUCAUUCACUUUUCCAUCAGAUGUUCCCUACCAAGCUGCCCUUGGGGGACCCAGGCCCGUGGCGGGAUCCACAGACCAGAUUGCACAUUUACGGCCUCAGACUCGCCCUAGUGUGUACGUGGCUAUAUAUCCGUAUACUCCCCGGAAAGAGGAUGAGCUAGAGCUGAGGAAAGGGGAGAUGUUUUUGGUGUUUGAGCGUUGCCAGGAUGGCUGGUUCAAAGGGACAUCGAUGCAUACCAGCAAGAUAGGGGUUUUCCCUGGCAAUUAUGUGGCACCAGUCACAAGGGCGGUGACGAAUGCUUCCCAAGCUAAAGUUCCUAUGUCUACUGCUGGUCAGACAAGUCGAGGAGUGACUAUGGUCAGCCCUUCCACUUCAGGAGGACCUGCCCAGAAGCACCAGGGAAAUGGUGUGGCUGGGAGCCCCAGUGUUGUCCCCACGGCCGUGGUGUCAGCAGCUCACAUCCAGACGAGUCCUCCGGCAAAGGUCUUAUUGCACAUGACCGGGCAAAUGACAGUCAACCAGGCCCGCAAUGCUGUGCGGACAGUUACAGCACACAACCAAGAACGCCCCACAGCUGCAGUGACACCCAUCCAGGUCCAGAACGCCGCCUGUCUCAGCCCUGCGGCUGGGGGGCCGGCCCCUCCUUCAUUUGCCUCACCACAACCUCCACCUCCAAUGGCAGGCCCUGCCGCCCACGUUGCUGCUGUCAAUAUUGGUCGAGCAAACACUCCCCUGGGCUGUGCUGCAGCUGCUUCGCUGACCUCCCCAAGUAUCACCGCUGCCUCUCUGGAAACUGAACCCAGUGGCCGGACAGUGACCAUUCUCCCUGGACUGCCCACAUCUCCUGACAGUGCUUCAUUGGCUUGUGGGAACAGUUCAGCAACCAAACCAGACAAAGAUAGUAAAAAAGAAAAAAAGGGGUUGUUGAAGUUGCUUUCUGGCGCCUCCACUAAACGGAAGCCACGAGUGUCCCCACCCGCGUCACCCACCCUGGAAGUGGAGCUGGGUGGCUGCGAAUUGCCUCUGCAGGGAGCAGUGGGUCCUGAGCUGCCGCUAGGGGGCGUCCAUGGCAGGGGUGGGUUCUGCCCCGGGGAGCGGGGAGCCCCAGCCGCUCUAGCCCAAGAGGCAUUUCAUCGGAAGACGAGCUCCCUGGACUCGAGCUCCACUGUCCCCAUCGCUCCACCCCCGCGUCAGGCGUGUUCCUCCCUGGGACCUGUCAUGAACGAGUCCAGGCCUGUUGUUUGUGAAAGACACCGAGUGGUGGUUUCUUAUCCUCCUCAGAGUGAGGCAGAACUUGAACUUAAAGAAGGAGAUAUCGUGUUUGUUCAUAAAAAACGAGAGGAUGGCUGGUUUAAAGGCACAUUACAGCGUAAUGGGAAAACUGGCCUUUUCCCAGGAAGCUUUGUGGAAAACAUCUGAGAAGACUAACACUGAGAAGGCUUAAAAAUCACAUCACACGACAAAAUAGCACAAAGCAAUUUAAUGGAAAGAGCACAUUUGUGGACUUCCAGAUGGUCAGGAGCAAAGCCUUGGCGUGCAGCUCAGUGUCCCAGCACAGUUACAGCGAACAGAGUGAAGAUGGUGUUUGUGUGAAUCUAACCACUCUGGAUUCCAAUGUGUAAGGUGUGCCUUGUACUGUCUAAUUUACUAUACAGAGAAACCCUUUUUUUUUUUUUUUUUUUAAAGAUAUAUAACUAAAAUAUAUAACAAUUGUUUACAAGGCUUAACUAAUUUAUUUGCUUUUUUAAACUUGAACUUUUCUUGUGAUAGAUGAAUUCUUUUGGAGUAUGAUUUUAAGAAAUAAUUAAUUUAUGAAAUGAUAGCUAAGGAGAAGCUGGAUUAUCUCCUGUUGAGAGCAAGAUUCUUUUCAACAUAGAAUGCACCUGCCCUCCCCCCCACAUGCUAUAAUUUGUUUCCUUGAAACAGAAAUUCCAACUCUUUCAUUUGGUUUUCUUCUUUGGGAAACCAAAUAUGCAACUGAAUCUGUGUCAAUAAAGGGCCCUGGGGUAGGGAGACAAACUGAGAACAGAACAGUUAGUAAUUCUCUUUCUAGUUUGGCCAGGAAUCACCCUUAAGACCUAGUCCUCAAUUUAAUUUUGUGGGUUCUUAAUUUUUCUAGAAUGAAAUAAAUGAAGGGAUAAGGAAGAAUAAAGCACAACCCUUACAUAAAAAUGAUUUCAGAAAUAUAGUUCACUUUAUAAUCGAAGCAGCUCAAUUCAUUGGUUGGAUAGUAGGGAAAAUCAAAGUUGUACUCACCGUCUGAGAAUGGUUCUGAAACAUAAUUUCCCAUUUUAAAACUCCAUGUGAUCUGCAUGCCCAAGACACGAUAAAGCAUUUGUGAGAUAGUGGUGGUAAGUGAUACACUCGUAUUAAAGUCAAAGGCUGUAAGAAACACUGUGAAAAGUUUACAUUCAUCCAUUGUGAUUCAUUGCCCACUGUCUUGCAUGUGUUACUGGAUUCCCACAGUAAUAUAGACCGUGCAUGGUGUGUAUAUUUCAUUGCAAUUUCCUGUCGAGAGUUUGACUGUGCUCAGAAUUGGCCAAUACAGGAGAUGUAAAAUAAGUAGUAUUUUCCUCUCUAACCCAAAGCCACUAGUGACCAAGGUCUCUUCAGUGCACUCCCUGCCACUCUGGCUAAGGCAUCCGUUAGCCAUUACACUAGUCAUUAGUGAAAAUGCUCUUUUAUGUCCUCCCAGCAGACAGAUGUAAAGGAUGAGUUUAUCCAGGAGGCUGCUCUUGUGACGGCUCUGUUGAAGCUCUGGAAGGCUGGGCAGGAGGGCAUGUGCCCACACCUUACAAUUGUGGCAGGACCCAGCUGAGCCAUCUUUUUAUAUCCAUGCUUUGAUGUCAUUGGCCUCUUUCACCGAUUUCAUUUUAGUGCCACGCAGUUGUGGGGCUGGGUAGUACUGGAAACAAAGAAGGAAGACAGUUUGGUAGUGAAUAAAGCCGUUACCACAGUUUUCUCUUGGGAAAUAAAUAAGUAAAUAAACCUUUUCCUUUUUUCACUUUUAAGACUUAAAACUGGGAAAUAGAAACAUGAACUGAAAAGUCUUCUUGCAGUGGCAAGACGUUUCAUGGUCUUAAGAUAAUGUUAUGUGGUUGAAAAUGAAAUCAUUCCUAAAUUAACCAAUUUUUUAUAUGUAAAACACUGUACAUUAUGUUCCUGUGUGUUGAAUUUUUUAAAAAAAUACUUUACUUGGAUAUUCAUGUAAUAUAUAAAUGUUGGGUGAAAUGAACUUUAGUUAGAAAAAAAGCUGGCACCAGCUUUCAUCUGUGUAAGUUGACACCAAUGUGUCAUAAUAUUCUUUAUUUUGGGAAAUUAGUGUAUUUUAUAAAAAUUUUAAAAAGUAAAAAGACUACUACAGGUUAAGAUAAUUUUUUUACCUGUCUUUCCUCCAUAUUUUAAGCUAUGUGAUUGAAGUACCUCUGUUAAUAGCUCCCUGGUAUAAAGUUGGUUAAAAUUUCAUCUGUUAAAUAGAUCAUUAGGUAAUAUAAUGUAUGGGUUUUUCUAUUGGUUUUUUGGAGACAGUAGAUGGAGAUUUUGUAACAGAGCUUGUUACACAGUGAUAUGGUAAUGAUAAAAUUAAAAUUUAUCAUUCCUUUUCAUGUUAAUAAUUUGAGGACUGGAUAAAAGGUUUUGAGAUUAAAAUUUGAUGUUCAACCUUCAUGAA